AUGGAGCUGUCUGGGCUAGAUGCAAACAGGAACUGGCAAUAUGGGCAAAAGGCAAUGAAUGUCAUCUGGGAACAGCUGGGCCAUGUGUGCCCGUUGGUUGAAGAUCUGCCUUCAAAAUUCACCAUCCCUACCCACCUCAUUGCCACAGAAAUGUGGAGGAAAGAUUCCACUGAGCUCACCACCUUGAAACAGUGGCCAGAUUUUGAUAAGAUCUGGGAUGCAACAGACACUGACAUUGUGGAUCAUCAGUGGUACCAGGUUGGGAGGCCUGUUGCCAAUGGUAAAGGGUGA